AUGGCUUCGACGGAAGAGCCCAUCCCAGCCGCCGCCCCUGCGGAGGUCCCUGCGGAGGUCCCUGCCGUGGAAGUUCCCCCCACGGAGGCGCCCGCCCCGACCGAGGCUCCCACCGAGGCGCCCGCCGAGGUCGACUCGGACACCGCUCCCCCGGCCACCCCCGUCGACUCGACCGUCCUCUCCGGCAGUGAAGAGCCCGUCACCAGCCCGGACGCCACCAAGGACAAGGAAAAUGUCAAGUCCUCCCCCGCCAAAUCCACCACGGCCACCAAGCGUCCCGUGUCCGGUACGACGGCGACGAAGCGGCCCAGCUCCAUCUCGAGCACCUCCAAGACCGCCACGGCCCGCACCUCCACCACCGGCGGCACCCUGAGCCGCCCUCCCACCCGGCCGUCCACCACCUCCACCACGAGCUCGACUCGCCGCCCGCUCAGCACCUCGACCACCGCCUCCCACCGGUCGCGCGCUUCGGUCAGCAGCUCCGCCGAUGAGAAGGCCCGCUCCAUUGCCAGCUCCGGCGACGAGAAGCGGGGCAUCGCCGGCACCGCCAAGCGCAUGUCGCUCGCCGGCACCGCCAGCACCCGCCCGUCCACCCGGCCCAGCACCAGCACCGUCGAUCGCCGGUCCAGUGUCGCCGCCUCCUCCACCGCCGAGAAGCGGUCGUCCGUCGCCCGGGCCCCGUCCACCGCGACCCGCCCCGCCGCGCGCACGCGGCCCGCCACCGCGGCCCGGAGUGCCGAGGACGAGGAGAAACUGCAGACGCUCCAAGCGAAACUCACCGAAAGCGAGGCCACUGUGUCCGGUCUCAAGACCGAGUUGGACGAGGUGAACCAGCGCCUCACGCAACUGUCGCUCUCCGGCGAGUCCGCCGCCGACGCCAAGGGCGGCGAGGCGGCGACCCAGGAACUCCAGGAGCAGCAUGCCGCGGCUCUCCAGGAAUUGACGGCCCGUCACACCGAGCAGCUGCAGGCCAUCCAGGCCCAGCUCGAGGCCGCCGAGGCGGCGCGCAAAGACGUCGAGGAGAAGGCCGCCCGGGAUUUGGACGAGGCCGCGAAAGCGGCCGCCGCCCAGGGCGACGACCAGGCCGCGGCGGCCCUCGAGGAGCUGAAGCAGACCCACCAGACGCAGCUCGACUCCCUCCAGCAGCAACUGGCCGGGCUCGCCGAGGAAUUGGAGUCCCAGAAGCAGCGCAACGAGGCCGCCGCCAAGGGAUUCGAGGAGGACAAGGCGCAGGCGCUGGAUGACCUGGAGAGCGAGCUCAAGGGUCGGGACCAGGUGAUCAAGGAUCUCAACGUCGAGAUGGAUAAGCUCCACCACGCCAAGGAGCAGGAAUCCGAGGCCGCCCAGCAGGCCGCCCAGCAGUCCGUGGCCGCCCUCGAGGAGAAGGUCGCCGGGCUCGAGUCGCAGCUGGCGGCGGCUCACGCAGCGUCCACCGGCACUGAAGACUCGGCCGCGCUCCUGGCCGGCAAGGAGCAGGAAGUCGCCGACCUGAAGCAGGCGGCCGAGAAGGCGCAAGCCGAGCUCCAGGAGGCCCGCGACGCGGCCGGCAAGGAGCUCGACCAGAAGAUCCAGGAACUGAACGCCGCCCACGACGCCGCCGUCGCCACGCUGAAGGCGGAGCAGGAGGCGGCGGUCGCGGCCGCGGCUGCGUCCCACGCCGAGGAACUGGCCACGGCCAAGGACGCGGCGGCCUCGGCGGAGUCGGCCGGAACCUCGCACGCGCAACAGCUGCAGGAGCUCCGGGACGCGCUGGAUGCGGCCGAGGCCCACGCUGCCGAGGGCCGCGACGAGGCCCUCGCCGAGCUUCAGGCGACGCACCGCGCGGAGCUGGAGUCGCUGCAGCAGAAGCUGGACGCGUCCGAGCAGUCCGCGCAGCAGGUUGGGGAGGACCGGGCCCACGAGGCCGAGGCCGUGGCUGUGCAGGAGAUCGAGUCGCUCAAGGAGAAGGUGGGCGCCUUGGAGUCGCAGCUGUCGGCCGAUCGGAGCGAGAUGAAGACCUUCGAGUCGGAAAUCCAGAGCAAGCAGGCUGAGGCCGAGGCCCUCCAGCAGAGCCUCGUCGCCUUUGAGGCCCAGACCCAGGCCAGGGAUGCCGAGCAGGCCAGUCAGCGCAAGGCCCUGGAGGACCAGGUCGCCGCAGCCGAGCAGGCCCUCGAGGCUCAGCGGGCGGACGCUGCGACCGCGGCGGAGCGACACGCCCAGGCGCUCGACACGCUCAAGGCCGAGCAUGCCUCGGCGCUGGCGCAGGCACAGACGGCGGCCGCGGGCGCCGACGACGCGCACGCCCUGCAGGAACUCCAGGCCAAGUACGAUGAGCUGCUGGCGACGAACCAGCGCCUGGAGUCGAGCCACGCGGAGGCGGUCCAGGCCCUCGCGGCGGAGCUCCAGUCGACCCGCGAGCGCCACGCUGCGGAGAUCGCCACCCACACCGAGUCCCGGGACCAGGCUGUCGCCGAUCUCCAGAAGGAGUUUGCGGAGACCAAGGCCCAGCUGGAGGCCGAGCUGACCACGUCCCGCACGUCCCGCACCUCCGAGGCCGACGCCGAACACAGCCAGGCGAUCGAGGCGAUCCUCAGCACCCAGGACGCGAAGCUCUCGGGCCUGCGGGCGGAGCUGGAGGAGGCCCACGCGGCCAAGCUCGACGAACUGCGGCAGUCGCACGAGGCGGCCCUGGCGGCGGUCCACAGCCAGCUGGCAGAAGCACAGACGGCGGCCGUGCCGGAUAACUCGGCCGUGGACGGACUGACGGCCACCGUGGCGGAGCUGGAGCAGAAGCUCGCCGCAGCGGAGCAGGCGGCCGUCGCGGCGCGGGAAGAGCAGGCCAGCCAGCACCACACGGCCCUGAGCCAGCUGGAGGCCGAGAAGGCCGAAUGGGCGCAGAAGCACGAGGCGGCGGCCGCGCGGGUGGCGGAACUGGAGCAGUCGGUGGCGGCGUCGGCGGACCGGCCGUCGGACCUGGCGGCGCUCCAGCAGCAGCUCAGCGCGUCGCAGGAGCAACUAGACCAGGUGAAGGGCAAGCACGAGCAGGCGACGGGGGCGCUGGACCAGCUCCAGGCGCAGAACAAGACGCUGAGCGACAAGCUGUCGGAAGGCGAGCGGGAUCUCAACGACCAGAUCGACAAGAACAUGUCGCUGCUGAACCAGCUGGGCGAGGUGGACUCGGCGAUCGCGAGCAGCCGCAAGCGCGUGCGCGAGCUGGAGGCGGACCUCGAGGCGCUGCGGGCGGUGCAGGGCGAGGGUAAAGAUCCGUCGGUGGGGUUGGAGGGCAGCCGAUGGGCGUCCGAGGACGAGAAGAAGGCGACGACGGGCGGAGAGGCGGGCAGUCCGGCCGGAGAAGGUGAGGAUCUUGGUUCAUCUAUCGAGGGAACGAUGGCCAGCAUUCAGGAGCAGCUUAAGCAUAUUCGCUCGGCCAACGAUGAUUGGUAUGAUGAGCACCGACGGUUGAUUGGCGAGCUCACGCAGCUGUCCCAACGCGGGACUCCCCACAUGCGGAGUCAGACGUCGACGCCAGGGCUCGAGCGGGUGCUCUCCAGCGCGGAAGUGAAGACGCGACCGGAGUAA